AUGGUCACGCCUCUCGGCAACACCGCUGGGGAGACAUGGGCGGCUGUGUGCCGUGGCCAAUCCGGCAUUCGACACCUGCGUGAGGUACCGCAUUUUUUGCCAGGCUUCAUCCAGAACGACAAGACAUUGUCGGUGCAGCAGAAGGCGGUGGCGCUAGAGAAGCUUGUGGCUGCCUUCCCAUGCAAGGUGGCCGCUCCUGUUCAGCCGUCAGUCGAGGUCGCAUCGGCUGCGGACAAGGCAGACAAGGCGCUGCAUGUGGCUGAUUCGUUCGCGCCAACAGCCUACGAACCACGCGCGCUUCGCUUCUGCGCGCGCGCAGUGGACGAGGCGCUCGCAGAUGCCGCUCUACAGCUCUCCGAGACCGUGCAGGAUCGGUGCGGCGUCAACAUCGGCAUGGGCAUCCCCUCGCUUGCCGACGUGACGGAUGUGUCGGCCUACCUUGCCGGCGACGCCAUCGCCACCGACGUGGGUCAUGUGCACUACAACAAAGUGUCUCCAAUGUUUUUGCCUAAAAUCCUGGGCAAUAUGGCAGCCGGCAACACAGCAAUUCGCCACAAGCUGCGCGGUCCCAUCGGUAGCAGCGUGGCUGCGUGCGCGACAGGGGCGCACUGCAUUGGCGAGGCGGCGUCGUGGAUACGUGAGGGGCGAGCAGAUGUUAUGGUUUGCGGCGCAACCGAGGCUUGCAUCACGCCGGUGUCAGUAGCCGGUUUUUCGCGGAUGCGGACACUGUGCACGCAGUACAAUGAUACCCCAUCGUCCGCCUCACGGCCGUUCGACAUAAGUCGCGCUGGCUUUGUGAUGGGAGAAGGCGCAGGUAUUGUGAUUCUCGAAGCGCUCGAACACGCCGCAGCGCGGGCGACGCCGCGCGUGUACGCCGAGCUGCGCGGGUUCGGCGUGUCAUGCGAUGCCCACCACGUGGCAGUGCCGCACCCCGAAGGACUUGGGGCCCGCCGCUGCGUCGAGCAAGCCUUGGCAGAUGGCGGCGGUGUCCCUGCCGCGGCCGUAGGCUACGUGAACGCGCACGCGACAGGCACCAUUGGUGAUGAGAUUGAGCUCAUGGCGAUCCAGCGCGCACUGCGACCCUCCACGUCACAGCCCUCUCCUGCGCUGUAUGUGAGUAGUGCCAAAGGAGGGCUGGGUCACCUACUCGGUGCUGCGGGAAGCGUCGAGGCGGCGCUUGCGGUCUUUGCGUUGCACGAACAGCGGGCACCGCCGACAGCGAACUUGACGACGCCGUGUCUCACCGUAGAGCAGCAGAAGUGCGGCGUUGUGUGCAUCCAAGGCAGCACCGCGCAGGAACUUCAGAGUUGCGAAGCGGUGAUAUCAACCAGCUUUGGCUUCGGCGGAAUCAACACAGCUUUGCUCUUUACGCACGUGUAG